AUGGAGCUCGAGAGGAACUGCACGCUGUACAUACACAACAGCCGCGGGGACCUGCCGUCGACGGCAGACCUGCAGAAGAAGAUCGAGAGCCCAAAUGAGGCGACGAAGGCCGAGGGCUUGCAGGAUCUUAUCGUCGGGAUGACGCAGGGCGAGGCGCACACGAGGCUGCUCAUGACGGUCAUUCGCUAUGCGAUGCCCAGCAACGACAAGCGCGUGAAGAAACUCACGCAGCUCUACCUGGAAAUCGUCGGAAAGUGCAGACCCGACGGCUCCCUCAAAGAGGAAAUGAUUCUCGUCUGCAACGCGCUGAGAAAUGACUUGAUGUCUCCGAACGAGUACGUGCGCGGGUCGACGCUGCGCCUGGUGUCGAAGAUUCGUCAGUUUAAAGUUUUGGAGCCUCUCAUCGAGGCCAUUCUCCAGAACCUCACCCACCGGCACAGCUACGUCCGGCGCAACGCCGUCAUGUGCGUGUAUGCGAUCGUCAAGAAUUUCGGCCUGGACGUCAUUCCUACGGCAGUCGAUCAAGUUGAGCAGCUUCUUCUCACGGAGGGAGAUCUAACGACGAAGCGCAACGCGUUUCUGAUGUUGGUUCAUUGCUCCAGCAAGCGCGCGAUUCAGUUCGUUCUGCAGCAGCAGCGACCAGGCGACGGCGGCCUUGGCUGCCUUGCGGGCUCCGGCGACCUCUUCCAGCUUGCGCUGCUCGAGCUCUUGCGAAAAGUCUGCCGGCAAAAACAGCAACAGAAGGCGGGUCUACUGCGGUUGAUCAUUUCGAUUUUGCCGAGUGCGCUGCCCUCUGUGGCUUACGAAGGCGCCUGUUCGCUGCUGACGCUCUCACGAGCGCCAGUCUCGCUGAAAGCCGCGGCGAGCGCCUUCGCGUCGCUGCUGUGCGGCAACAGCGACAACAACGUGAAGCUGAUUGUUUUGGAUCGCCUCCAAGAGUGCGUUCAGCGCACGAAUCGCCGCACGAUGGAAGACUUCGUUGUCGACCUCCUGCGAGGGCUGCAGACGCCUUCGUUGGAGGUGCGCCGGAAGAUUUUAGAUUUGGUUUUGCAGGUCGCGGGCAGGAACUCGAUCGAGCAGUUGGUCGGCGUCCUCAAGCGCGAGCUCCUCCGCACGGCUGAGCCUGAACAACUGACUGUCCCGGGCACGAUGGAGUAUCGCCGCCUCCUCAUCAAAGCCGUCCACUCGUGCUGCACUCGCUUCCCGGAGGCCGCUGCGUCGGUUGUGAACGUGUUGAUCGACUUUUUGAGCGACAACGACGCAGUCACCGCGACGGAGGUGGCGAUCGUCGUCCGUGAGUUGACCGCCACCUGCGUCGACCUCCGCGCGCGCAUCAUCUCGCGCGUGGUUGACGCCUUCCCGGACCUCGCGCAUCCGCGCGUGCUGCGCGUGUCGCUGUGGAUCCUGGGCGAGUACUGCGAAGACUCCGAGCUGCUCGACGCCUUCCUCACCGCCGUCUACUCGGCGUGCGCGCCGCUCCCCUUCACGUCGGGGCAAGACGCGGCGAGCGCGACGGGUGACGAGGCGAGCGCGCCGCCGAAGGUGAAGCUCUCGACGCGGACUGUCGUUCUGGAGGAUGGCACUUACGGCACAGAGGACGUUUACGAGACGGUCGAUGAGAAGGGCGAGAAUCCGCAGCGAACCGAAGGAAAAGGUGCGCUCCGCAAGUUCAUUCUGGGCGGCGACUCGCUGCUGGCGUCGAUGGUCGCGGUGGCGUGCACCAAGUUGAUUUUGAAGACCAGCGACGCGGUCUACGUGCAGCUGCGGGAAGAUUUCGAGCGCCGCAGAGAGGCACUGCUGCGGAGGAAAAUGCAAAAAGCAGCGCAGAACGGCGACGCGCAGCAGCUCGACGGCCAGAGCGACCUGGCGAUCUUCGAAGAUGAGCAGACUCUGGAGGCAAGGACCGCGCCCGUCAAGCUCGAGGUUUCCAUGGAACAGAAGACUCGCAUUUUGUACCUGGUCGCCUCGCUGCUCAAGUUCCUUCGCCUCUCCGACUCUGGCGCGGGCCCUCACUCGGAUGCAGCCAUUCGCGUCGGGCAGAGUCUCCGCGCGCUCUGCGGUCUCUUGACUGGCGUUGAGAAGGAGAAGGCAUUCGUGCUUCACUGGAUUAACAACGGGCGAUUCGCACUCGAGCACGUCCUCGCGCUGGGCCCCCAGAGCGACGACCCCUUCACCUGGAGUCUCCUCAAGGCAGCGGAAGGCAACGAACAGGUGGUGUCGGCUCCGGACGAGCUAGCCUUCUUCCGCCAGCUGCGGCGCGACAGGAAGUCUUUUCUGCUCGCGAGCUCCGCAGACGGCGCCGCGGCGCCUUCGCUGCUGGACGAAGGCGACAGUCUCGAGGAGGACGACGUCUACUACUACGCGUCGGGGGCGAAGGCGAGUCGCGCUGCGGAGGAAGACGUCGACGAAGCCGAGGCAGAUAUGCAGCUCGCGCUCGGAAGCGGCGGCAGCAAAGGCGGCCUCGCCUCCUCGCUGCUCGCAGGAGCCGGCAAAGACGAGGCGGCGCUCCUGCAGCAGCGCCUCGCGAAAGUCCAACCUAUCACUGGUCAAGCGGAUCCUGUCUACGUCGAGGCCUUCCUGCAGGUGAACCAGUUCGACCUGCUCGUCGAGAUGCUUGUCGUGAACCGCACGCAGGAGACGCUUCAGAACGUCGCUGUCGAGCUUUCCACGCACGGCGACUUGAAGCUGGUCGACCGGCCGGCGCCGGUCUCGCUGUCCCCGGGGCAGCAGGCGGUGAUGCACGCGUCGAUUAAAGUGCGGAGUACGGAGGCGGGCGUCAUCUUCGGCUACGUGACCUUUGGGCGCCGCGGCUGCGUGGAGAAGGAGUGCCUGGUGCUGAACGAGCUGCACAUCGACUUGCUUGACUACAUCGAGCGGCGCUGGGUCGGCGAGCUCGCCUUCCGCGCGAUGUGGGCGGAGUUCGAGUGGGAAAACAAAAUCCACAUCAACACCUCCUUCACAGACGUGUCUGACUUCCUCGAGCACUUGAUGCGCAUGACGAACCUGACCGUCGUGGGCUUCAAACCGCCUGCGAGCAUUAUGCGGCGCCUGAAGGGGACAGCCGCCGGGACCGCGUUGGGCGAUGCAGACGCCGGGGCCUGUGGGGUCGGCGACUUGGGCGAGGACGAAGAUGAGGACCGCUACUUGCAGUCAGUGCGGAGAAUCCCGACGCUCCGGAAGCUGUCUGAAAGCUCCUCUUUCUUCGCAAUCAACCUCUACUCAAGGAGCAUCUUUGGUGAGGACGCUCUUGUCAACGUGAGCAUCGAGAAGCUCGCCGGUGGCAAGCUCGCGGGCAGCAUUCGCAUCCGCAGCAGGACACAAGGAAUUGCUCUGAGUCUCGGCGACCGCAUCACCGUCGUCCAGCGGGGCUUGGCUAAGUAA